CGUAUGAACAGGUGUAGGAAAGUGGUUUGAAUUCAGAGGCCAAAUCUGUUGAUCGGAUCGGAUCGGAUGUGGUUUAUUCGAAGAAAAACGCGAUCAAAACAGAUAUUGCUGCGAAGAUUGGCAUCGUAGUUGAAUGCGACACCGAAAAAGAAAAAGAAGAAAAUUUUUAAAACCUUUGGGCCGACGAAAAGAAUAAUUUUAUUUCAUCGACAAGUGUUUCGGAAUCUUGAAAAUUGUGCAAUUUUAGUUAUGUUCUAAACUCAACCUAAAAAGGCAGUGAUUGAAGCUUUCUCACGAAGCGAACAAACCAAGUGACAAAAUCGCAGCAUCAUCACCCAGCAAGAAACAACAACCAUUCCUUGGGAAUUCCUGCCAAACAAAAGAACCCGGGAAAGGUCUGGAUUUUACGGUUGGAAAUUCCCUUCUGCCAACUCAAGGAUCCCAGCUCGCUCUCAUAUGUGAACCGAUGCAUGAUCUAAUUUAUUGCUUCACUCGAGAAGGGUCACACCGGAGUUCAAAGGACUCGAAAGGCAGCCUACCUGGAGUCAUGCAAGCGAGUGUAACCGUCCUGAAAUAACAAAGCCAGUCGCAUUGUGCACCAUCAUUGCUCGCUCGUAAAAAGAACGACGACAGCGGCGCAGCGACCUCAGGAAGGUCAAUAAAAUAUGUCACCGCUCUAUCAGGUGACGAUGAUCCAGGGUAGCUCGGUUCGGGAAGACAUUUCUUCGCCGUUUGGCAACAGGGAGGAAGCCACACGGACGACGACAACAACUAUUAUUUGCUGAGCAGCCAAAUUGCCCAUGCUUGUCGGGGUGCAAUCGUUCCUUUUUCGGACCGCUCAAAAUUUCUGGACUUUUGUGGAACAAAUUAUCGAAAGGUAGUAGGAAGAAAAACCUAGUUUCGAAAAGGAUAAAAAGUGCUUAUUGUGAUUGAGUUUGAGGAAAAAAAAAUAUCAAAACAACUUUCAGGAUUCUUGGUAGUGCGUAGAAUAAAGAAGCGAGCUGACAAAAAAAAAAUCAUCGUGAAUUUAAAUUGGUGUCUGAAAGCAAGGUCAGCCAAUUGUGGAAAUUCCAAUAAAUUAAGGCCGAACAAAAUUACAAUUAACUCGAUUUGUGUUUCGUGUUAUCAUCACUGAGUUGGAACAAAUAUUUCGGAUAUUUUGCUGUAGUGAACGAUAGAUACCCAGUGAAUGUCGAUGUGGUUUUCUGUGUUUAGUGUGUGAAUGUUCGCCGUAAACAAUAAGCGAAGGAAGGAGACCAAAAGUUACGUAAACGGAUUUUAAAACAUUUCUCCUCCAAGGAAGCGUUUCUAGUUGAAGACCGAGCGACAUCGUCUUCUGAACGAGACCCUCCGCAAACUGUCGCGCAUGCAGCUGCCUGACUAAAGGCCAGAUGAAAGAAAAGUACGAAAUCAUGACGGACCAGGAGCACUACAGUCUUCGGUGGAACAACCACCAGAACCACAUUCUGCGGGCGUUCGACACUCUGCUGCAAACCAAAACUCUCGUUGACGUCACGCUGGUCUGUGCCGAGACGAGCAUUCGGGCGCACAAGGUCGUCCUAUCGGCGUGCUCGCCCUUCUUUCAACGAGUGUUUUCCGAAACUCCCUGCAAGCAUCCUGUGAUAGUGUUGAAAGACUUCCGCGGAUGGGUGGUGCAAGCGAUUGUCGAUUUUAUGUACCGCGGUGAGAUCAGCGUUCCCCAGGAACGGCUCUCGGUGCUCAUUCAAGCGGGAGAAUCCCUUCAAGUUCGUGGACUAGUCGAUCACCCAGUAGCAGGAAAUACACCGACUCCAGCGCAGUCGCCAGAGGACUUUAGCCUAUUGGACUCCUCACUAAUAUCGCCAACUUCGCCGUCACUUCCGUCGCCAAACUUCAACCACCACCAUGCCCGCCACUCGCACCCGAACCCCGCGGCGACGAGCAUGCUGAGCGCCAGCACACCAAAGCUCCUGCUGCCACCGCAGGUGUUCGCCGACCCUGCUCUGAACCUGACCAAUCCGGAUCUCUGCACAUCUCCAAUGCCACGCCGAAAGCAGGCUCGCCCAAGACGCCGAUCAGGUGACUGUGCCCCUCAAGAUCUCAGCAGUAAACCCACCAGCCCCGUUCCACCCUGUAUCGACGAUAAGGAGGACGAAGACAACGAAAUUGACCGCGAAGAUGACGAUGAACAGGACGAUGAGGAUGACGAUAUCAAAGAAAUCAUUCGGAGAAGCGAAAGUGAUGACAAAAAGGAUUCCAGCCCACAGAAAACGCCAAGCAAAGAGGAAGACAACGAAAAAGACAGCAAAAACAACUCGACCGCUUCAACGGCCAGUCUUUCCGGAAUGGAAGGUCCCGAGAACCUGUGUAUGAAGAAAUCCUCAUCCUCUAGUAGCAGCUCCAGCAGCGGAAACAUUUCCUCCCAUUCGCACAAGGACGGCAGCUCUCGGCUAUCGGAUCCAUCGAGUUUGAAGGACAGCCCCCCGGAACCCACAAUUGGUAGACUCUCGUUAAAAGACAUCCGGCACCUGAAUCGCUCGUCGCUGGUCCGUUCGAUGAGUUCCCUAUCGCCUCCACCUUCGUUUCAUCUGAACAACAAUCCUCCGUCACGCCUCUCCCUGUCGGAGAAACGGGUCAAACUGGAGGACCGCGAUGACGAGCGGCUCGGCGACGACGACGGGUCCCAUUUUUUAGACCACAUGGACCUGGCCUUGGCCGCCCAUCAGCACCCGCUGGCGCAUCUUUCGCACCGGAACUCCUCGCCCCAACUGCGACCACCGGGCCUCACACCGGACGGCGACAACAACAAUAGCAGUAGCAGUAAGAACAACAACAACAGUGGAUCCGGCCCGGGGGGAAUGGGAAACGGAUCCAGUCGGGAUGGCGGCAGUGGUGCCGGCGGUUCGCUCGGAAUGGGCCCCGGCAAGGAGGGCCGACUGGGCCCGAAGGAUUUUCUGCACAGCCCGACGCUAAAUUUUCCGCCGUUCUUCAACCAAUCGGACGGCGGUGGGGCGCCGAGACCGCCGCACUCGCCGCUGUCCUUUCCGCACAUGCCGUCGGUUUCGUCGCUGACGCUGACACCGCCGCACA